AUGAAAGAUUCGAGUUCAAAUAAGUUGAAUGAGAACGAUUUAGAUUAUUGUUCUGAAACGAAUCAUGCUGAUGAGACCAGCUGUGUUGUGGAUGAAAAAUUUGUCCCAAAAGUGGGGAUGAUUUUCAAGACACUAGAAGAAGCUGGAAAGUUCUACAAACAUUAUUUCAAACUUGCCGGCUUUUCUACCAAAAUAAGGAACAUGACUCGGGACAGAGACAAGAUUAAGAAUCAGCUAAUCACCAGGAAGGUGCUCAAACAACACAGGGAGCUUAGCAUGUUCGUGCAUUGCACAAUUGAAACCAACGAGGAAGCCAGAAUCAGACCGAGCAAAAUUUACCAAUCAUUUCUGGCAACAGCCAGCAGCCAUCGUGAACUAAGUUUUAUAGAAAAAGACGUGAGAAAUUACAUCACAAGGGAAGUACGGAAUAUUUCCAAACAAGGCGAUGCCAAAGAAUUUGGGAAGUACCUACUAAGAAUGAAAGAGAAGAACCAGGAUUUCUUCUUUGAGCUCAACCUCGAAGGCGAUCAUUGUAUUAAACAUGCAUUCUGGGCUGACGCAAGAAGCAGGGCCGCAUGUUCUUUUGUUGGCAUGAAUCACCACGGUCAGUCGACACUUCUCGGAUGCGCGCUGAUGAAAAAUGAGGACAUCCAAUCAUUCAAAUGGCUAUUCAACUGUUGGCUCCAUUGCAUGGGAGGGACGGCACCAAAAGGCAUGCUUAUCGACCAAUGCGCAUUGAUUCAAAGGGCAAUUGAGCUAUGCAUGCCAACAACAAUUCACCGAUGGGGCAUCUGGCACAUCAUGAAGAAGAUCCCACACAAAUUAAACGGGUACAAGCGACAUGACAAAAUUGAACAAGAGAUGAGCUAUGCUGUUUGGAACUCGUACACAAAAGACGCAUUUGACAGAAACUGGAAUGAUUUCCUCACAAAGUACGGCCUCGGAGGCAAUAAGUGGCUCUCAGUUUACCUGGAUCACCACUUCUGGGCUGGGAUGAGAAGCACACAAAGGAGUGAGAGCAGGUAUGUAUUUUUUAACAAGUUCAUCACACGCAAUAGCUCCCUGAGACAAUUCGUGAAGCAAUACGACAAUUAUGUAGCAAGCACGGAGCAAAGAAAGAGAGAAUUCGAUGCUGCAGAUUUUCACACCGUGAUACCGUGCGCAACAAAAUUAGCAAUAGAGGCCCAGUUUUAG